ACCUGAAUAUUCAUCCUGCAGAAGAAUUAAGAAAUGAGAAACACAGUCUCAAUCGCUUUGACAUUUUUGGCUCUUUUAAUCAUCCAUGUCCAAGCAAGGACCGAUCCUCGACAAUGCACCACUUCAUGCGGAGAUAUCCACAACAUCGGAUACCCUUUUCGCCUCAGAGGCGAUCCAUCCCACUGCGGCGACCCCGACUACGAGCUUUAUUGUGACGCCAACAAUCGAACCAUCCUCAACUUCCAUGCCGGACUGUACUACGUCAAGAGAAUUUCGUACGCCGACCGCGUUAUCCGUCUCGUUGAUGUUAACUUAGCCACCGGGAACUGCGGUUUGCCCUACAGAUCUCUUGGAAUCGAAGAAGUGCUAGGCGAUGGUCGGUAUAAUAGAAAGUAUUCUAGCCCCCAUGCCUCUUUUGUGAGAUGCUCAGUGGAAAUCAAUAGCAUGCGGAACAACAUAGUGCCCUGUUUGAGUGGGAAUACGUCUCGUGUUUACGUUAAUUACACUGAUUACAUGUUGUACUAUCUUGAUAUUCCCAGAAGUUGCAGCGUCUUUGCCAUGGCACUCUCCGGUGGUUCUGAUGAUCCAAAAGUUAACUUACCGACCAGUUACGAUGAUAUCAGGCGGAAACUGCAGUUGGGGUUUGAUCUGACUUGGACAGUUGAGUGUAGGGAUUGCCUCGCCGAUGGUGGCUAUUGCCAGUUCCUCACUGAAGAAAGGAACCGGUUUCGAUGUAGCAAGGAAGAAGAUUACGCGACUCAACUUCGGAACGCUAUCCUGUACCUUGCUGCCGUGUUCGUAAUAGGUAUGACAAUAUUAUGCAGAUACAUCCUGGCUCCCCUUGUCGUUUUUAAUUUCAUUCUCCAUAAAUGCUGCUCAAAGCGAAACAGGAUCGAGCAAUAAACACAA